AUGCCACCUGCCGCCGGCUCGUCUCCCAAAAAGAGACAGAUCCCCGGCACCUCUGUGUUGCAAUGGCAAUCGCCCGAGAUUCAUACUUCUCGCCGCCGUCCCAUGACAGCAUGCAAAACCUGUCGUCUUGCAAAGGCCAAGUGCAAUGGACAGCAGAGCUGCGAGCGAUGCAGGACCCGCGGCAUUCGGUGCACAUAUUCCCGCGCCUCAUCAGGUGCUGCCCGCAACAGAAAUUCAAAAAGCAAAAGCCCUGCAUCUCAGACACCAACCGGAGAAUCUCCGUCAAAUGGCCAGGGAAUAGUAGUAACUGGUGCUACGUCAGAUCCAAUGUCGGUCGAUGUGCCCGGUGAUGUAUUUCCCAUGUCUGACCAUGCUGGAAGCACUGGUCAGUCUACAACUACUAAUCCAAUGGACCACUGGCGCGAAGAGACCUUUCAACAGGCGCUGGAGGAGUUUAAUUGGGUAUUUCCAGAGCCAGACUUUAGCCUCAACCUGUCUGAUGACCCGGACCGAAAUGGCCUCGAGUUAUUUCCUCCUGUCCGGCCAGAAAACAGUGAUCUCCCAGAACCACCGCCUGAAACUGCAGGCUCAUCAUCUCAAACCCAAACUCAGCUCACCUUACACAACUGUCAGUGCCGAACAAACAUGAUGCUCCAAGUCCCCAAACUCGAAAUUGCCAUCCAAGAAAAGCAACUCGACACCAUGUUCAAAGUUACCGGGGACGUCAUCAGAAGCUGUCAAGAGUCGACAAACUGCGGAUGCCAUGUAAACCCCGUGGAUCUAGUCUGCAUAAUGGCUGUCUUUGAGCAGACGGCAGCCUGUUUUGACUACAUUGCAAAAUCCGGGUUUGGCGGAACUGUCAAGGUGGGUAUUGGCGCCUAUUGCAUCUCACUCACCGACGAUGCCUCUUUGAAACGCAUGUUGGUCUUGGACCUUAUCAAGCAAGCCAACGUGCUGUUGGACUCGGUGUGUGCUCUUGCAGAGGACAUGUUCAUGUCGCGGAGCAAUAGUGGUGUCAAGGUGAUGAACCGUUCUCCUGCCUGCUUGAACCAGCUCAAUCGAAACUAUGUACGAGAAGCAGCGGCUAGUUUUAAAAAGCUCUUUUGCCUGAUGACGGGAGUUUUUGACGGGAAAGAUUGUGAUUCGUCUUGA